UUGAUCGACAUAUCAGCUAAGUUCACGCGAAUAGAUGCGACGAUACGACGAUCGAGACGCCGCCGGCGCUUGACCGUCAGAACUAUUCGAUUGCGUGAAAGUAAAAACCAACGCGUGUGACGGCUACAAGAGAUCACGGAACGACCAGCCACUCCCGAUUUGCGUGAUUUUCAGAGGUAUUUAUUGAAGGAAGGCAAAACGGUUUCGUCAUCACGCGUUCGUUCGAGCGGCCCGGGUGCAGCCUCAUCUCCGCGCGAAAUGUCCGACGAUUCCCGACGGCUACGACGCAGCGACGUGCGGCUUUUGCGGCAUCCGCGCUAUCCUCGGAGGAUAGCGCGGCACCGCCUUUCUCGAUUACUCAUAUUACACUCCGCGACAACCUCCGAUGACUCUGGCCUGUCUUGCUCCGACCAGUGUCGCUCGAUAAACGCGACGAUUCAGGCGACUUAUUACUGUGAUUCUUACGUGUCUCGUCACAAUUAUUUAUAAUAUACGUUCGUCCGUAUAUCGGGAAUCUUCGCGCGAAUGAGAUAAUGAAAAGAAAAGGAACUGGAGUAAAUUAAAGUGCAGUCGAUACGAAGAUAUAUACGCCUUUUAUGAAAUAUCCUUCGAGUUUCUUUCGUUUUCUUCACAUAUCUUUUAGGUAAUUAUCUCAAAAAUGUCAAAGAAGCCAGGAACUACCCAAGCAAUGCAUAAGGUCAUAAUGGUUGGAAGUGGAGGUGUUGGAAAGUCUGCUCUGACGUUACAAUUCAUGUAUGAUGAGUUUGUUGAAGAUUAUGAACCUACAAAAGCAGAUUCCUACAGAAAGAAAGUUGUAUUAGAUGGAGAAGAGGUACAAAUAGAUAUCCUAGAUACUGCAGGACAAGAAGAUUAUGCAGCGAUUCGUGACAAUUACUUUCGUAGUGGGGAAGGAUUUCUUUGUGUAUUUUCGAUAACAGAAGAUGAUAGUUUUCAAGCUACACAGGAAUUUAGAGAACAAAUUCUCAGGGUAAAAAAUGAUGAGAACAUUCCAUUUUUAUUAGUGGGAAAUAAAAGUGAUUUACAAGAAAAAAGGAAGGUUAGUUUAGCCGAAGCUCAAGCAAGAUCUCAACAAUGGGGUGUUCCUUAUGUGGAAACAAGUGCUAAAACAAAAGAAAAUGUAGACAAGGUAUUUUUCGACUUGAUGCGUGAGAUAAGGUCACGCAAAAUUGAAGAUAAGUCAGCAAGCAAUAGUCGAGGUAAAGACCGUACCAAGAGGAAGAAAAAGAAGUGCAUUAUUCUAUAGGUAUUCUUUGAUUUAAUGAGAGCAAUAGCUGCUCGCAAGGCACAGGAAAACCAAGCAGAUGGGAGUGAACGUAAUAA